GGGACCCUAUAUAUAUGUAUACCACCACAGUCUCUGGCCGCUUCAAACAGACUCACCAUCAUGAUCGGGCAUUGUCUCGCUCUGCUGCUGGCGUUCGUCGCCGCCACGGUUGCCGACCCACAGUACAUCGUCGGUUCAAAAUGCCCCGACAAGCCAGCUGACAUUGUGUUCGUUCUGGAUGGGUCCGGCAGUCAGGGACAGGCAAACUUCGGGAAGGAACUAGACUUCGUCAGUAACUUCACCAAAAACUUUAACAUUGGCCCGUCGACAGUUCAGAUCAGCGUUGUGCAAUUCGCCACAUCUGUUCGUAACGAGUUUUCCUUGAAAGACGGGCACUCCUCAACAACUCUCAUCAAUUCUAUCAGCAACAUCAAAUGGCUCAAUGGCGAGACCUACACCGGGGACGCAUUGAACUACGUCAACAGGAACAGCUUCCAGAAAGUAAACGGCGGUCGUGACCACGUGGCGAAAGUCGUCAUUGUGUUGACAGACGGAGGGUCCAACCACCCUAAUGAGACAGCUAUAGCUGCAAAACGCCUUCAUGAUAAUCACAUCAAUGUGGUCGCUAUCGGAAUAGGCAGCGAGGUCAACAAAGACGAGCUCAACACCAUCGCCAGCAACAGCAAGCACGUGUUCACUGUGCCCAACUUCGAUGCUCUUCACACCAUCCACAACGACAUCACGGACACAACCUGCAAACUGUGUGAUUCCACACCAAUGGACCUGGCAUUCCUUCUCGAUGGCUCUGGCAGCGAAGGCAACAAAGACUUCGGCUAUCAGAAGAACUUUGCCAAACUCGUUGUUGGAGAACUUCAUAUCGGCGACAAUGCAACCAGGGUAGCCAUGGUUACCUUCUCCACAGGUGCGAACAAAAACUUCGACUUCAAAGACGGAAGGUCCCCCAACACAGUGAAUCAUAAUAUAGACCGAGUUCACUAUCCAAAUGGAGAGUCGUACACGCAUCUGGGUCUACAGUACCUCCACGACCACACCUUCGCACAAAGGGAGUCUAGGUAUGGUACGAAGCACAUCGCGGUGGUUCUGACAGACGGAAGAUCCAAUGAGGAAAACCUCACCAAGCAGCAGGCAGCACGUCUCAAGGCCAGCGGUGUCCUGGUGAUUGCUGUUGGCAUCGGAGCUGGCGUACAGAUGACGGAGCUGAAGAAUAUCGCCUCUGGAGAUAAGUAUGUCGUCACGGUUGAUGAGCCUAAAGACCUUGACAAGAUCCACGACAAGGUGGUCGAUCUGCUUUGUGCAUCCCAUAAUGUCUUCCGUACAACCAUCAUGACGACUACAAGUACGACAGCGUUACCGACGACGACGACGCCCGAGCCGAGAAAAGUGUGUGGACCUCGACCUGCCGAUAUCCUCUUCUUACUGGACAGCUCCGACAGCGAGGGAGCCGACAACUUCGCCAAGGAGACUGGCUUUGUCAGCAACUUCGCCAACCGUUUCUACAUCGACCCCCAGCACAAUCAGAUCAGCGCUCUGACAUUUUCAAAUAAUAUUCAAAACGCGUUCUGGUUUAACACCUACAAAAACCGCCAUGACGUCACACACGCCAUCAACAACAUCAAGUAUGUCGGCGCGGGCACGAACACAGCUGAUGCUUUCAAAUUCGCCAGAUCCCAAAGUUUUACUAAAAACCACGGAUCCCGGGCUAACGCGACUAAGAUCGCUAUCGUCAUUACUGAUGGCAGAUCCAAGGAUGAAGCGGCUACUUUAAGAGAAGCGACCAGUUUGAAGAACAGUGGCGUUGUAGUUAUCUCUAUCGGGGUCGGCUUCGGACAGGACGACCAUGAACUGAAGUCCAUGGCAAGUAGGUCAAACUAUGUGUUCAGUGUGUCGAACUUUGAUGCCCUGAAGACCAUCCAAAGGCAGGUGAUCGAGACGACUUGCCAGGACCACGGCGCCCAUCACUGACCAUUAACUCACAAGGAGUAAUACAGAUGAUGUUGUGUUGUAUCUUGACACUUUGGAUGAAACGUGGAUUCUUUCCUGAUUUAAAAAUAAAACCUGAUGUCGUCAUGUG